AUGAUACUCGUGCCGCGCAGCCUUGCUUUUCCACGUCUGCUGCUUCGUGACAAGGCUCGCUCUGUGGCAUCUCAUCGCUCCUUCCUCUCGUCAGCUGCUCCGGUGGCCUCAAAACUGCUCUCUCUCCGCACCCGUAGCACUACCGCUACGCUCAACCGCAACGCUUUCGCUCACUCCUCCUUUUCAACUACCUCACGCAUCCGGCACUCUGCCUCCAUCGUAGACGCUUCUACUUCUAUCAUGCCUUCUACUCGUGCCUUGCCAAGCGAGCCCUUCCCGCUCGGUGGUCUCCUUCCCAAAGACACCACAGAGGCGCUCAGCUUCCUUCGCAAGUACCCGGAAUACGACGGCCGGAAUGUCCGUGUGGCCAUUCUCGACACCGGUGUAGACCCGGCCGCCAUCGGUCUCAACCAACCAGGGAAGGUCGUUGAUGUGAUCGACUGUACGGGUGCUGGCGAUAUUCCCCUCCAACCCAUCGAGCCCAUCUCUGGACCCACCUCCAGCAGCUCGGGUCACGUUGAGUUCAAGUCGCCUUUCACAGGGAGGACCAUUCGCCUCUCGUCCAAGCUCACCAACCCAAAGGGCGAGUGGAAGAUUGGUUUCAAGAAGGCAUACGACCUCUGGCCGGGCGAGCUCAAGAGCCGUCGCUCUGCAGAGAGACAGAAGGCUUUCCUGGUUUCCCACCAAGCUCUGCUUUGCCAGGCUCAGAGCGAGCUCAAUGCGCUUGACACACCCGUACCUUCUGCCUCCAAAUCGUCCGAUUCUGCCUCACCAAGCACAACAGACAAGAGCGCUUCCACCGAGAACGCAAAGUUGAAGAAGGAUGAGAUCAAGGCGCGCAUCCAAGCUCUCAAAGACCUUGCAGCUUCCUACAAGGACGACGGCCCUCUUCUCGAAGCCAUCGUCUUCCACAAUGGAAAGCACUGGUAUGCCGUCGUUGGCGGCGGCGAGGGUGAGACGCACGACCCAUCCACCGGCCAGCCUCAGGACGCUCUCAAACCACUUGAGCUCCAAACGCUUGACCUUACCGGCGUCCAGCCCAUCACCGACUUCCGCAUCGAGCGUCAAUGGCAAAGCUUUGGUCAACAGGAUCUCCUCACCUACACUGUCAACAUUGAGGAAAAUGGCAACCUGCUCAGUCUUGUCACUUUGGCUGGUAGCCACGGUACCCACGUCGCCGGCAUCGUCGGUGCCCGACAUGACGAGCAGCCCGAGCUCAACGGUGUAGCUCCCGGUUGCGAGAUUGUCAGCAUGAAGAUCGGCGAUGCCCGCCUCGGUAGCAUGGAGCAAGGCCAGGCCAUGCUCCGCUCGGCUCAGGCACUCAUCGACACAAAGUGCGACAUUGCCAACCUUAGUUAUGGUGAAGACGGCGCCUUCGGCGCCGAAGACAAGGGCGCUUUUGCCAAGGCGCUUCGCGACAUUGUCAUCCGACAACGCGACAUUCUUUUUGUCAGCAGUGCUGGCAACAACGGUCCCGCCUUGACAACGGUGGGUCAGCCCGGUGGUACUACCUCUUCUGUCCUCAGCGUCGGCGCGUACGUCAAUGCUGGUGCCAUGCAGAAGGCAGAGUAUGCCCUCGUCGAGAAGGGCGUCCCCGACAGCGUCACCACAUGGUGCAGUCGUGGCCCCACUUCCGACGGCGACCGUGGUGUCUCCAUCUACGCUCCUGGUGCUGCCAUCACUUCGAUCCCCCGCUACUGCCUCCAGUCGACGCAGCUCAUGAACGGAACUUCCAUGAGCUCGCCGAACGCCUGCGGCUCCAUCGCCCUCCUCCUCUCUGGCUUGAAGGCUCAGAAGAUCCCCAUCACUGCUGCUCGCGUCUUUAACGCGGUUCGCGUCACAGGCAAAGACGUGAACGAUCCGCUCGGCGUCCCCUUCAUCCGUGUCGAUGCCGCUUGGGACUAUCUAGUUCAGAACAAGGACCGUGUCGAGCAAGAUGCUGAGUAUCGUGUGGCUGUCACCCGUGCUGGCAAGGCGCUUGGUCGUAUGGACAAACGCGGCAUCUACCUCCGCGAGAAGGAAGAAACCCACAACGUACAGCAGGCCAACGUGACGGUGCGACCCACUUUCAAGCAGGGCGAGACUGAAAAGGCGUUCAAUCUCGAGCUCCGCUGUGCUCUUGCCGCUACUCAGCCUUGGGUUCAGAUUCCUGAAUUCCUCCUCCUAGGCGGGAAUGGCCGUACAUUCGAGGUCAGGGUUGACCCGACUGAUCUGGAGCCAGGCCUCCACCACGCUUGGAUCGAGGCCUACGACACGGAGAAGCCCGGCCACAAGCUGUUCGACGUUCCUGUCACCGUCGCCAAGCCCGAGGUGUUCCCCUCGCCCACGGUCAAAUUUGACACGGUCCGCUUUGAGGCUGGCAAGAUCGAGCGACGCUUCGUCUCUGUGCCGGAGGGUGCCACAUGGGCUUCGCUCACAGUACGCAGCUCGAACCACUCAUCCGUUAACACGAGCGCUCGCUUCUGGUUGCAUUGUGUCCAGCUCGAGCCUUUGCAGCGUUUGAGCGAGGUGGAGAAGGCGUUUGUGCUCGCAUUGCAGGAGAACGAGCCGGUGACCAAGAAGUUUAGCGUUCGUGGUGGCAUGACCAUGGAAGUCUGCUCUGCGCAAUUCUGGUCCAACAAGUCGGCUUUCGACCUUGAUCUCGACAUUGAGUUCCACGGCAUCACUGCUUCGCUGGUCCCAGCUAGUGGACGUCAGGAGCUUACUCUCAUUGGUGGCCAGGGUCAUGCUAAGGUGGAGUGUCAGUCGACGGUCCGCAUCGAAGACUUCAAGCCUAGCAUCACCUUUGACACUCGCCGAACCUUCCAUCGCCCCUCGUCGUCGACCAUUCGCCCGCUCGCUACGCCGCGAGAUCUGCAGCCGAGCGGUAACCACAUGUUCGAGCUCGUGACCACGUACAGCAUCUCGGCCAAGGAGGACUCGAAUAAGCUCAGCUACUCAUUCCCGGCGUUGGGCAACCACCUGUACGAUUCGAGUGUGCCUCUCCUCACGCAGCUCUUUGACCUGCGCAAGCAGCGCGUGCACUUUGGCGACGUGUACAAGAAGGAGAUCGAUCUGCCCAAGGGUGAUUACGUGCUCAAGGCGCAACUGCUCCACGAGAACUUGAAGGUGCUCGAGGCACUCAAGAACGUAACGCUCAUGGUUGACCAGAAGCUCUCCAAGCCGGACUCGGCGGCGCUCAAGCUGUACGACAAUCACGUCGAUCUGCACUCCGAGGCCCCGCCUGCCAAAUACGCCGGUGUCAAGCUGCACCCUGGUGAGCGCAUCGUGCUGACGCUCGACUUGAACCUCGAGGGCGAUGCGGUGCCCAAGGAGGCGCAGCCCGGCGAUGUGCUUGUCGGCACCUUUGGCUUUGCAGCUGAAGGAAAAGGACAGAUCCGUUACAUUGUGCCACCGGCGGUCAAGAAUUCAGAGGAGGGCUCCGAGGACGGUGCUGCUUCCGGAAAGAACGAGGACGAGAUUCCCGAGCUGCUCACUGCUACGGCCAAGAAGAUCAAGGAUGCCAAGGAGAAGCUCGAGUUUAUGGACAAGCUCAUCGCCGACUACCCCAAGUUCCUCGGUGCGAUUGUGGCCAAGCUCGAAGCGCUUGAUGCCGAUGACAAGGAUGCGGACAAGCGCAAGCAGGUCGUCGCCACCGCCGAUCAGCUGCUGGCUCUCAUCGACGAGACCCAAGUCAAGCUCUGGAUGGCCACGCAGAAGCCACCCGCGUCGGAACAGAGUGACGAGGAAAAGAAGCUCAACAAGGAGAUGGAGACCAAGAAGAAGGCGCUCAUCCUAGCACUCAACCGCAAGACUCGCGUGCUCAUGACCGAAGCUGAGUCGUCUCCCUCUUCAUCUUCGUCGUUGUCGGACCUGGAGGCGAGCUGGAAGACCUACCGCUCGUACUUUGCCCCGGACACCAAGGCUAAAGAGUACAUCGAGCUGUUCGUGCGUUGGUCGAUCCUGCACCAGCGGUAUGCUCUCGCGCUGCAGGCGGUUCAGAAGCUCAAGAAGGAGCUCGGGGCCGGGUCGGCGGACAGCUUGAAGGAGCUGGAAAAGAUCAAGGCGCUCGAGCUCAAGUUGGUGGGCAAGGAGGGGUUGGAUUGGCCGCUGUGGGCUAGUCAUUUGGAGAGGUUGGAGUGUGUGGCUGCGCCCAAGGCGUAUGCUCCUUUCUGA